AUGUGGAUUAACUUCAUAAGGAAGCUUCGCUCUAAAAAGAGUGGACCCAUCGAUACGUCAAAGAAAGUUUUUCCCGAAGCCGAUGACUUUCUGAGGCUGGCCAGGUUUUACUUUCACUCCAUGGGUGUGGAUCCCUACGAGUCGGAGCAGAAAACGGGCAUCGGAUUUCGACUGUAUCUGGUGUUCCACUUGGUCAACAUGUUUUUCAUUUGGAUCUCAAUGAUGGUGUUCGUGACGAGCUCCAUGGGUCCCAGGGCAGAUUUCCUCCACAUCUCCAUGGUCGUGGGCUACAUCACCUUCGGCAAUGUUGGUGUCCUAAAGAUAAUCGUUGUGCAGUUGGAAAGGCGCAAGCUGAACCGCCUGGUGCGGCACAUGAAGUCGUUGUUUCCACCGCCAGUUGCCGAGGAGCAGGAGAAGUAUGAUGUGGGACACUAUAUGAAUUACUGCACCCGGAUCUCGAGGAGCUUCGCGUUUCUGCUGACCACCAUGGUUGUUAUCAACAGUUGUUCCGCCGUCACACAAUACGGAAUCCAAAGAUUUUGGCUCCACUCGGCGGAUGUCGAACUGGCUUUGCCCUAUGUGUCUCUCGCUCCUUGGAACUGGCGCGAAAGCUGGAAAUUCUGGCCGACCUACAUGCUACAGUCCAUAGCAGCCUACACCUGCACUUGUGGCUACAUAUCCGCAGAUCUGAUGAUGUUCGCCGUGGUCAUCCAGGUCAUCAUGCAUUUCGAUAGACUGGCCAGGGCUCUCAGGGAAUUCCGGGUUCGGGACAAUCGCGAUGCUGGCAGAUCUGACGAGGAUUUGAAGGACUUAAGAUCCCUGAUCGCCUACCACAACCAAGUACUGGAACUCACUGACCUUAUGAACAAUGUCUUUGGAGUGGCCCUGCUCCUGAACUUCGUCAACUCCUCGCUGCUCGUUUGCAAUGUGGGGUUUCAGCUGACCGUUGGUUUCAGUUUGCCGUACUUCGGAAGGCAGGUUUUGAUCAUACUCUCCGCUCUGGCGGAGAUCUACCUCAUCUGUUUCCUGAGCCAGAUGCUGAUCAAUGCGGUUUGUUAAGUAUUCCCCAUACUGCUUUCGUAAUGAUUCUAACCGAAAUGAUAUUUGCAGAGUAACAACGUCAGCUUUGCUGUCUACGAAAUGAACUGGAUGGA